UUGUGACAGAGGACAAACUGAAAGAGCAAGGUUGUAUGUGGCUUCAUUUGCGUUUCAAGCUUCCUUUUGUGACAAUGUCAGACUUGAUAAAGCUCAAAUUGUUCUACAAAAAAGUGGCGUAGGUUAAAUAUUCUGUGAACCUUCGUGUAAGCGAUGCACGUGUGUUAGUUGUCUGUGCUCCUGGCGCGCUUGCUAAAACUGUACAGCAGCUAGCUUAAUCUCAAAAUCCAGACGCACCCAUGCACCUUGGAGUUGGCCCACAAUGUAACGAUUUGUGAUCAAAAACAGACGAACGCAGCUGUGUGACAGCGGGGGAACACUUCCUCAGAGGAAACAUUGUUUCUAUAUCUUUUAUUGCCUCAGCUAGUUUUCUAUAACAGCUCUGUGUCGCAGCCCUCAGACAUUCCUUUGGGCAUUUUUGCAUCUGUAAGUGAACAGUAGGAAGUCGUCUGAAUUCAAUAGUUACCGUGAACACAACAAUUUGCAGGUGUCCAACAUGUCUGCGGAUUGGGUCGGAUAUGGAUAUGCAGCCCUCAUUUCAUCCGGGGGAGUCAUUGGUUUUGUGAAAGCAGGCAGUAAACCCUCCCUUGCUGCGGGUCUUCUCUUCGGUGGCCUCGCAGGUUUUGGUGCCUACCAGAUCUCCAACGACCCCAAAAAUAUUUGGGUGUCCCUCGCUACAUCCGGAGCUCUGACUGCCGUCAUGGGAAAGAGGUUCUAUGGAUCCAGGAAGUUCAUGCCAGCCGGCUUGAUGGCUGCAGCAAGUCUUGUGAUGGUGGGGAAGCUUGGGUUGACAUUGCUCCAGAAACCGCAGGAGUCCUGAUGGAGUCGAGAUUCUGAUGCGCACCCCAUCUUCUUCUGUUCCAGGAGCUUCCUGACAGCAUUUGUAAUUUGCUGUUAAUGUCAUUUUGUAAUGGAUGAAAUAUAGUACCUUGUUUAUAUAAUAGGAA